AGGGAGCAAAAGUAGAAAUGUUUUGCAAAAGUUUAUCUCUAGCGUUUGUAACGGUUGCUUUCUUCGGAAGUGCGCAUGGAGCAACCCAAUGCGAUGACGGAAAACGAAUGGGAUGUGCCGAUUGUUCUUCGUUUCAGAUAUGCACCUGGAACAAGGAACCGAUUGCCUCUUCUCAGACUCGAUGUGAUGCCAUCGACAAAUCGACUCCUUUCUGCAAAGACAACACUGGUGAAUGUGUAGCGACCCCUAGCACAGGAUGUGUGAAAGCAAGUGAACUUUGUCCCUCGGAAGGAGUUUUCCCUUAUCUCUCCAACUGCCGUCAGUUUGUGUAUUGCGAUACCGCUAAAGUUGCCGAAGUGACCAACUGCGUUUCGAAUUGGAUCUACAACCACACUUACGGGGAUUGUGUUCCGCUUAAAUCGUCCAGGGAUUGCUUUCAGUUGAACUGUGCAACGGCCUCGAAUAAAAAUCGCUGGUUUGCUUACACUCCGAAUCCGAAAAUUUAUUUCUACUGUUCGAGCACUGAGGGUCCGAUGACUUUCCAGUGCACUGGAGAAAAUCAGGCUUUCAAUCAACAAACCAGACGGUGCGAAUUUGCUUGUCCCAAGGAAGGAAAGUUUGCCUAUCCGGGAGAUGAAACCAAUUACUACAGUUGUCAGCUGGAUCGGGGUGUGAUGAAAGCUACGGUGCUAUCCUGUCCCCAGGAUUUGGUAUAUGACGCUGUCAGCACCAAAUGCAUCAAGAAGGUUUCAGGUGGAGGAGGAACCUCAGGAUAAUGGUAUUGAUAAAAACUUCGGAAAAGUUUAUUUAUGU